AUGGAUGGUAACGCUCCGAAGGUUAUUAUCACUGAUCAGGAUAGAGCGACGAAAAAUGCAAUCGCAAUUGUCUUUCCAAAUACCCGGCAUCAUUUUUGUCUUUGGCAUAUACUGAAGAAAGUUCCAGAAAAGCUUGGUUCAUAUGAUUCGUACAAAACGGGGAUGAAAAAUGCAUUGAUGAAAUGUGUAUAUGACAGCCAACAGCCAGAUGAGUUUGAGAAAUGUUGGGAUGAGUUGCUUACCACUUACAACUUGCAUGAGAAUGCGUGGUUGCAUAGCCUAUACGUUGAGCGUCAACAUUGGGUGCCGGCUUUUUUGAAGGAAUGUUUCUGGGCUGGAAUGAGUACCACGCAGCAAAGCGAGAGUAUGAAUGCAUUCUUUGACGGUUAUGUACAUUCUAGGACAAACUUAAAGGAGUUUGUUGACCAAUUUGAUAAUGCAUUGAAAAAAAAGAUUGAGAAUGAAAAUCUUGCGGACUUCCAGUCAUUUAAUGUCACUAUCCCCUGCAUAUCUAGAUCUCCGAUUGAAAAGAGGUUCCAAGAGUUGUACACGAUUGCUAAGUUCAAAGAAGUUCAACAACAAGUCAACGGUAUCAUUGACUUGAAUCCAAAGUUACAUAAUUCUGUUGGUGCCGUAAAGACAUAUAUGGUUGACGAUGAAGUUUGUUUGGAAGAUUUCACUAAUUUGGUUAAAUAUUUUGUGGACUUUAGUGAGAUUGAUGCAGUUGCAACAUGCUCUUGUGGAUUAUUUGAGAUGAGGGGGAUAUUGUGUCGGCACAUUUUGGCCGUGUUCAGGUGUAACGAUAUUAAAUAUUUGCUAGAAAUGUACAUUUUAGAUCGAUGGAGAAAGGAUAUUAAAAGGCGAUACACGUUACUUAAAAGUAGCUAUGACGAAGGGGAACAACGGCCAGAUUCUAAUAGAUAUUCAAGUCUGCUAAGUAUCUGUUAUCAGAUGAUUACCCAUGCAGCGGGUUCGAGUAAGCAUACUGAGGAUGUGAGAGCUAAGUUACUCGCAAUGAUUGAGCUUUAUCGUGCGAAUGAAGAACCCCCAUCGAUGACUCAAGUUGGUUCCAAUGUUGAUAGUACGGCAAAUGCCACUACAGUAGGUGGCACUGGGGAAGUACACAGCCCACGUGUGGUUAAAGGAAAAGGCAGACCUCCAUCUCUGAGAAGAGCAUCCAGGAUGGAGAUAGAAAUGCGGAAAGCCAAAGCAAAGACAAAGAAAGCACCAGCAAAAGGGAAGCGUAAAGAGCGAGGAGGAGGAGACACCCAAGUCACGGAAAAAUCUGAUACGUCAGUUGUGGAAGUAUGUCGGAAUUUGUUUGGCCCAUCUUUGAUGGAUGUGUCUAACAAGCAGCGUAAAGAGUUUAAAUAUCAACAGCCAAUUGGAGAAACCAAAAGCGGUGCAAAUGCCAUUAUUGGAACUCAGCCUCAAGAAAUAAUGAUGCAGAGUCAGGAAAGCAUGCAAAUUGGCAUGGAUGACUCACAACCUUUGCAAUGA